AUGCGGUCUGCAGAUAAUAACCAAGCCCUGAAUGUGGAGAAGAUCAAGAAAAUCAAAAUAGUCUCCAGGAAGUCCAGCACUACACACUGUCAGCUGACCAUCAACGGCUCCACUGUGGAAGUGGUGAAAGGCACCAGGUUCCUUGGAGCACACGUAUCAGAUGAGCUCUCAGGGACCAACAGCAUCACCCCCCAGAUCAAGAAGGCACCACAGUACAGAUCUCCAUCCCCCAUGGCAGCAGCGACCGGCGGCGGACUGCAUGGGCUCCUAUCCGCGCUUCAGGUACGUGGGUCACGUUGCUCCAUCGUGUUCUUUAGCAUCCGCGGUGCCCUGAAGGCUUCGCAGAGCUGCGAGGAUGCAAAGAGCACCAUCAGCGUUCUCAGUGUCCUAGAUGAACUCCUGUCGGCUGGAACCGACCGGAGGUUCUACUACUUGAUCUCCCAAGGUGGCAGUGAGUCCAUCCUCCAGGCCCUGGUUAAGGUCGCCCGCACCUCUGCUCCUGACCGUGGCCUCCUGCUUCCCCUGCUGCACCUCCUGGCCAAGGUCGGCUUUCGAGACCACAGGAUCGGCGAGAAGGCAGCAGCAGUGGGGGCCGAGCUCCUGACGCUGACCCUGCUGAAGAAAAGUAUGGAUCAUGCCCGGACGGCCGCCGCCUGCCUCUGGGUGCUGCGCGGCUUCUGCUCCUCUGCCUCUACUGCCACCCUGCUGGGUAAAAACGGGUGCCUGGACAUCGUCUUCAAACUGAUUUCUCCUCAUACAACCAAACACACACGCACUGUGAAGGCGGCCAUAGAUGCAUUUGCGGGACUUUUUCACUCAAAGGCUAACGGCAGGCGGGCAGCUGCAGAGGGCUACAUUUCCGGACUGCUGAUGCUCUAUGAGGACUGGCACCGCGAGGACGCUCUGGAAAAUUCUCAUGUGCCCAUCCGCAGGGCACUACUGCACUGCCUGCACCUAGCCACGGGCACCCGUGCCGGCAGGGCCGCCCUGCUGGAGGCGGGGGGCCUCGGCACGCUUCUCCGCACGGUGCAGUCCUGCGUGAGCUCUGAGGGCGGAGCGUCCUGCCUGGUGGAGCCCACCGUUCAGCUCAUGAGGAAGUGUUACCCCCAGACGCCUGUGCCCAUCAUCUCGGAGUGGAGCGCCUACAGUUACCCGUUACCAGGCGGCCACAUCCUGGGUUCGGAGGCUGUGCCGGGAGACACCGAUGAAAUAUUGGAGGAAGACAGUGAGGAUGACUCGGAAAACUGUUCCAGCCAUGACAACUAUAAAUUAUUAAGGAGGGUGUUGGUGCUCAUCCUCUCUGGGGAGCCAUCCAACGGUCAGAUAAACAGGACCGAAGCAGGAAAUUCAGACUCAUGUAGCAAACUUGACCUGGAGACAGACCUGGACAGGCUGCAAAUACGGCCAGAACCCCACAGAGCCCAGGACCAGCUGGGUCAGUACAUCAGGCUGUGUCCGGAGCUUCAUCAUGACUUCCAGGAUUUGGACCCGGGCUUGGAGAAGGAGGAGAGCUCAGAUGAGGAGGCCUCACUAAUUGGGGAACGCAUCCCUGAAGGUGGGAAACGAGAUGCCCCCAGUCACCCCAAGGGGAAGGGAGGUCCGGAUGGCCUGGCUUUUCCUUGGAAGAAGGAGACGCCCCCCGUCUGGAGAGGAGGGGUCCCCGGGGAGGAUCCCCCGACAGCUUUCGACUUCCUGAGUUUCCGUCUGCGCAGCGAGCCAGAGAAGGUGACAGGGCUCCUGCAGAGACACAGGGCCAGUGUACCGGGCCAGAACCUGCGGCAACGCCUUAGUGCCUUCAUCAGUCACUCCACACCGGCAUUCCCCGACCUCUGGGGCCACCUCCCUCCACAGAGGGAGGAACCAACAGCAGAGCGGACACCCAGCGUGCAGAGAAAAAAGGUGUUUGAAGACAUCCAGCGCAUUCUGCGUCCUGAAGACAUUAUUAACAAGGUUGUGUUUGACUUGGAGGGUGUCAGCUCCAGUUCCCCCAAUGACAGUGACUGCCUGCAGUUCGACUCCAGGUUUGAAAGUGGGAACCUCCGUAAGGUCGUCCAAGUGCGCAGGCAUGAGUAUGACCUGAUCCUGAACGCGGACGCAAACUCCUCCGAGCACCACCAGUGGUUCUACUUUGAGGUCAGCGGAAUGCAGUCUCACGUCAGCUACCGAUUCAACAUCAUCAACUGUGAAAAGGCCAAUAGCCAGUUCAACUACGGGAUGCAGCCUGUCCUGUACUCUGUGCAAGAAGCUCUGGAGGGCCGUCCAGGCUGGGUGCGUGCGGGAAGUGAGAUCUGCUACUACAGGAACCAUUUCCUCCGACGAAGAGGUCGGAAGGGCUCGGCCUACUACACGUUGACCUUCAGCAUCACCUUCCAGCAUGAAGAGGAUGUCUGCUACCUGGCCUAUCACUACCCCUAUACCUACUCUAUGCUACAGGCCCACUUGCAGAUCCUGCGGCAAUCAGUGGACCACAGGAAAGUGUUCUUCUGGGAGCAGAGCCUAUGCAGCUCCCUGGGGGGGAAUUCCUGUCCCCUGGUGACCAUCACCGCCUACCCUGCCUCGCACAGCUGGACUCAUCUGCACCAGCUCCGUAACCGGCCCUAUGUGGUGCUGACAGCACGGGUGCACCCGGGGGAGAGCAAUGCCAGCUGGGUGAUGAAGGGCUCCUUGGAGUUCCUGUGCAGUGAAGACCCAGCAGCUCAGGCUCUGCGCGAGGCCUACAUCUUCAAGGUUAUCCCAAUGCUCAACCCCGACGGCGUCAUCAGUGGCUCGCAUCGUUGCUCGCUAAGUGGCAUGGACUUGAACCGGCAGUGGGUAAAGCCUGAUGCCACGCUGAGCCCUACCAUCUACCACACUAAGGGCCUCCUCUCCUAUCUCGCCAGCGUCGGCCGGAGUCCACUGGUGUUCUGCGACUACCAUGGGCACUCGAGGAAGAAGAAUUUCUUCCUUUAUGGCUGCAGCGCCAAGGAGACCCUCCAGAAGUCAGGAUGUGGGGUUCCUGUCGCAGGACUGCAGGAGGACAUUGGCUAUCAGACGAUCCCGCAGGCCCUGGAUGGCGUGGCCCCUGCCUUCUCCCUGGCCAGCUGCAGCUUUGUGGUGGAACGAUCGCGGGAGCCCACGGCACGCGUGGUGCUGUGGCGCGAGAUGGGAGUGCUCAGGAGCUACACCAUGGAGAGCACCUACAACGGCUGCAACCAGGGCCUGUACAAGGGCCUGCAGGUGGGCACCCAGCAGUUGGAGGAGAUGGGCGCUCACUUCUGCCGGAGUCUUCUCUCCCUGAGGAAGCGCUCGCUGGCCCCCAGUGGCCCCCACAUCCAGCACACACCCAUCCUGCUUGACAAAGAUGACAGCCUGCACGACCACAAGAUCCACAACGCUUUCGAGGAAGACGAGCCCCCCUGCGCGGAGAGCAUCGAGUACCGCGGUGUCAGCGGCCACGCCAGCGACAGCCUGGACUCCGAGGUCGAUGCGAAUGUGUCCAGCUCAGAGGAGGAGGAAGAUGAGGAGGAAGAGAAAAUAAAGGGCAGCAAACAGCCGCCGAAUUCUGAAGGAAUGACCCGCCUCAAAGUUUCCCAUGGGGGGGUGUUGAGUCGAUGCCCAUGUCACUGAGGGCUCCGUUUAUCUGGUUUCAGGGCAACAGGCAUGACAGGUGUGGCUUACAGGCAGAACUGGGCUUUUUCGGUACAUUUCUAUACCCAGACAGAAUGUAAUCUAACCUAGCAUUCAAUAUUGAGCUGUAUUAAAUAUUAACACAACACAUUAAUCAUUAAAUUAUUGACCUUCAUAUUAGAAAUGAGCUGUGAUAUGCAUUUUAUUACAAAUAAUAUAAUUAAAAAUGAAGUAAUUGGCAUCCAUACUUAAAUGACUCUUAAAUAAUUCUCUUAGUUAAUUUGGUAAUUAUCAUAGCCAUUAGCAUUUUGCUGAUAAAGGCAUAUAUCCAUGCUGUUUUUGUCCUUCUUGG